AUGACGACGGAAAACUCUCUUAGACCCCCUGAAAAAGCCUCGCCUACGGCUCAACCUGUAGAACCGGUCGAGUCCAUCGACACCAUCGCCGCCGCGUUCAAGGCUGCACCAGGCACCGAGAUCCUUUACGACCAGGAGGGGGAGCGUGGCUCCGUCUCCCAGCGGCUGCAUAAACUGCAGCAUGUCCGACAUGGAGAUGGUCACAUCUUGUUGGUCCCACAGCCAUCCUUAACGGAUCCCAACGAUCCGCUACGCUGGUCCACGCUCAAGAAAUGGGCCGCCUUUGGCAACGGGCUGUAUUACGCUUUUCUCGGGUCGGUGACAGGGCCGAUCAUGGCAGCUUGGUUGGUCACUGGUGCAGCGUCGUUGGACGUUCCCUUGAGGAACAUGGCUUACGCCACGGGAGCCACCUUGAUUUGUCAGGGAGUGGCCAACACUUUGUGGAUGCCAUUCGCGAUCAAAUAUGGCCGCCGACCGGUCUACCUGCUCUCGACCUUCCUGAUGGGACUUGCGUGCGUAUGGCUGGGCGUCGCCAGUCAGAAGUCCUAUCUUUCCUUACUCCUUGCGCGCGCGUUUUUGGGCGCAUGGGAAGCCCCCAUCGAGUCCAUCGUUCCCAGCACCAUCACCGACAUCUUCUUCCUGCAUGACCGAGGCUCCAAGGUGGCCAUGUACGGUCUCUCGGUGCUCGGAGGGAAUGAGCUCGGACCCGUCCUCUCGGCCUUCAUGAUCCAGGCUUUGGGAAUGGACUGGGCAUAUUAUAUCGUCGCCAUCUUCAUCGGAAUCAACGUCCUCACCAUGUUUUUCUUCAUGCCCGAAACCAGGUUUCUGGGGUCUCGACCAUCCAUCCUGACGGAUGUGACCGAGAGCUCGGGAGUGAAGGAGGGGGCAUACCACCUCGAGGUUCACGAGGAUGAAGAGCAUCUAGCUCCAAAGAAACGGACCUUCGUUCAAGCCCUUGCUUUUUGGGGCCAGGGAGAUCCCGAAGUCAGCCUCUGGCGCGCCUUCUUGCGCCCCUUUGUCUUGCUCGCCUAUCCGACCGUAGUCUGGGCGUGCUUCAUCUAUGGCAUGGCCUUGAGCUGGAACGUCCUUCUGGCUGUCCUGACGGGCCAAUUGUUUUCUCCACCGCCCUACUCUUUCGACUCAGAGUCACAAGGCCUGGUCUUUCUCUCCCCCUUGGUCGGCUCACUAAUAGGCACUUACCUGUGUGGACCAAUGGCUGACAGCAUCGCUAAUUACUACACCCGUCGCAACCAUGGCAUUCGGGAACCCGAAAUGCGUCUGCCGACCUGCAUUGUCGCUGCUGCUCUGACCUUCUUUGGUGCCCUCAUGGCCGGUCUCUGCUUCACGCAUCAAACUCAUUGGGCCGGGCCCGUCGUUGGAAUCGGCGUUUUGAGUACUGGUGCUCAAAUGGGAGCGACACUGGGCAUGAAUUACGCUCUGGACUGCCACAAAGAGCUGUCAGUCGAGCUCAUGGUGACUGUUGCGUCGCUCAAAUCUGCCAUUGCCUGGAUCUGGACUUGGGUAGCCAAUGACUGGCUGACCGAUGACGGGCCUUUGGUCGUGUUUUUAUCCAUUGGCGCCGUGAGCGUGGUUGUGUACCUGUCCACCAUUGUCUUUUACCUCCGCGGCAAAGCCAUUCGAACUUGGCUCCUCGAGAAAGACAUUUUGAAACUCUUGGGUCUGUGA